AUGUCAAACCUGAAAAAAAACAAAGACAAUACGUUGCAUCACGAAAGCCCUGUGAUGCAGCGUAUUAUUAAUUACCCAAAAAAUCCUAGGGUGGUAGUUUCUGCUCCCAAAGGACCAGGUCAACACAAUUUUGCCUUUGACGAUAUCGGAAAGACCUGCUCACUUUAUGGAAAAGAUUUCGAUCGCGUAUGGAAUCUACGACGCCACCUUACCAAAUAUCAUAAGUUAGCAACUCAUAUUGCUAACGAUAUUAGCCCUCAAUAUGCCGAUAGAAACCUAGCGUCACAAAGACAGACCACGAACACUGCCGAGCCGACCGCCCCUGAUCACAAUGACGAUUCCGUUAACGAAGACCUACACGUUGAAUCCGAUUUGGAGGAUGACGACAGCAGUUUCUUAACACAGAUUCUAAAGAGCUGA